GUGUGACAUCGGUGGUUUUGGGGUUUCUAUUAUUUCUCGUUUAUUCCACCUUCAUGAUCGGCUACAGACUUCACAAGCGUUCAUCGUUUGAUAAAGAAUUUUUUCGGAAUAACUUCAUCGACAAGGAUCUUAACUGGAGAGAACGUGAAGCUCUGAAAUCUGUUCCAUCUCUUUUCACAAAAGAGAUCCUUGAUGCUAUCAGUGCGAUCACAUACAGUGAAAAUCCUUUGAGCCUUGAUUCACUCAGGAAGAAUCAUUCAAUGGAUAAUUCAGUUCACACUUCUUCUGAGGAAAACGAGGACAAAAUGGUUCCUGGUUUUGGUCAUGGAACCUGGAUUGGAAAAGGAUCAAAAGCAUUGAAUGAUACACCAGAGAUGUUGCAUGAAAGGAGCCUGAGACAGGAAAAAAGAUUGGAAAGGGCUAAUGAGCUGAUGAAUGAUGAUAGUAUUCAAAAGUUUGAGAAGGCAGCCAUGGCACGUUCCAGAUCUGUUGAUUCUGCACCACUAGGAAACUACACCAUUUGGAAAAAUGAAUACCGGAGGGGCAAGAAUUUUGAAGAUAUGUUACGUCUGAUGCAAGAUCAAAUCAUUAUGGCAAGAGUUUACAGUGGUCUUGCAAAGAUGACCAACAAUCUCGCCUUGCACGAAGAAAUAGAAACACAACUAAUGAAACUUGCUUGGGAGGAAGAAUCGACUGAUAUUGAUCAGCAGCAGAGAGUUCUUGAUAGUAUAAGAGACAUGGGACAAAUACUGGCUAGAGCACACGAGCAGCUAUAUGAAUGCAAGUUGGUGACAAAUAAGCUGAGAGCAAUGCUACAAACAGUUGAAGAAGAACUCGAAAACACGCAGACUUAUAUAACGUUCUUGACUCAGCUAGCUUCCAAGGCACUACCAGAUGCUAUCCACUGCUUGACCAUGCGCUUGACUCUAGAGUAUCAUCUCCUGCCUUUACCAAUGAGAAAUUUUCCAAGAAGGGAGAAUUUGGAGAAUCCAAAACUUUACCACUACGCUCUCUUCUCUGAUAAUGUAUUGGCUGCAUCAGUUGUUGUCAAUUCGACAGUCAUGAAUGCAAAGGAUCCUUCAAGGCAUGUUUUCCACCUUGUUACUGAUAAACUCAAUUUUGGAGCAAUGAGUAUGUGGUUUCUGUUGAACCCUCCUGGAGACGCCACCAUCCAUGUCCAAAGGUUUGAAGAUUUUACUUGGCUCAACUCAUCUUACUCUCCAGUUUUGAGACAGCUCGAGUCAGCAGCUAUGAAGAAGUUCUAUUUCAAAACAGCGAGAUCUGAAUCAGUUGAAUCAGGCUCAGAAAACCUCAAGUACCGGUACCCGAAAUACAUGUCAAUGCUUAACCACUUGAGGUUCUACAUCCCGAGGAUCUUCCCAAAGUUGGAGAAAAUCUUGUUUCUUGACGAUGAUGUGGUUGUUCAGAAGGAUUUAACUCCCCUGUGGUCCAUAGAUCUUAAAGGGAAAGUGAAUGGUGCAGUAGAAACCUGUGGUGUUACCUUCCAUCGCCUUGACACUUACUUAAACUUCAGUGAUAAACACAUUUCAGACAACUUUGAUCCGAAGUUCUGCGGAUGGGCUUAUGGGAUGAACAUCUUCGACCUGAAAGAGUGGAAGAAGAACAACAUUACAGAAACUUAUCACUUUUGGCAAAACCUGAACGAAAACCGGACUCUAUGGAAACUUGGAACAUUGCCACCAGGGCUCAUAACGUUCUACAAUCUGACACAACCACUUCAGAGCAAAUGGCACUUACUUGGACUGGGUUAUGAUAAAGGAAUCGAUGCAAAGAAGAUUGAAAGAUCAGCUGUUAUACAUUUCAACGGACACAUGAAACCAUGGACAGAGAUGGGGAUAAGCAAGUAUCAGCCAUAUUGGACAAAGUACAUCAAUUUUGAUCAUCCUUACAUCUUUACUUGCAGGCUGUUUGAGUGAUAAGACUAGGCUUCUUAGGUUACUUAGGUACAUACAUAACACAUUACAUGUAAGUACUGAUUCAUGUAUAGAAUAAAUACUUCAAAGUGAU